GAUUUUCAUUCCAAAAAAACGCCGUCUUCUCUUCUCGUCACUCUCCUCUCUCCCCUCUCCCCUCUCAAACCCAUCCUUCAGUUAAUCGAAGCUUCAAUCGCUCCAGACUCCGGUCAUCGUUCUAUUCAAUCCAAGCUUCAAUCGAAGCAUCAGUCGGCACUUCAAUCUGUUCCAGGACUUGAAAUUCACUCGUCUCCCUCGUCUCUCUGUCUCUCAAUCGGCACUUCAGUCGAAACUUCAAGGUGACCACGUCGGCACUUCAGUCGAAACUUCUCGAUUAUCGAUUUCUUAGGUUGUUCAACCUCCAUCUGUGAAUCUCGAUUUGAAGGUGAGUCGUUCGAUUCUUAGGCCCCGCUCACGUUGAACCCAAUUGCCGACCAUCGCCGACCAGCGCUGAUCUGCAAGUCUCCAUCUAUUAAAUAGGUUGUUUAUGUUGGGAUUCAAUUUUGGUCUUUCUAGAGAACGAGUAGACUACGUAGAGUGUAACAGAGCAAUAUGAAAGAACUUUUAUCGUGAUAUCAACAAAAAGAAAAGUGAAGGAACUAACCUGCAGAGGAAAGAAAUCGCAGCAGUUCCUCGAGGUGAUGGUUAAAUUAGAUGCGGGUUAAAAGCAUAUGCGGCGGCUGUCGAUGAUAUCAUCGUAUUCGAUAGAAAUUACUUCGAUAGAAAUUACAGGAGGUAGUUGGUUGAUUGAGGGUUAAAGUGUAUGCUGUAGCAGCAAUUUGGGAUCAAAGGUGAUAGCAUCGAUAGAGAAGACGAUGGAAGUCGUUUUCUAUCUGCGGUUAAUUGUUAUUAGCAGUGACACACUGCUAAUAACAAUUAACCGCAGAUAGAAAACGACUUCCAUCGUCUCACUGCUAAUAACAAUUAACCGCAGAUAGAAAACGACUUCCAUCGUCUUCUCUAUCGAUGCUAUCACCUUCGAUCCCAAAUUGCUGAUACAGCAUACAUUUUAACCCUCAAUCAACCAACUACCUCCUGUAAUUUCUAUCGAAUACGCUGCUACAUCAUCGACAGCCGCCGCAUAUGCUUUUAACCCGCAUCUAAUUUAACCUUCACCUCGAGGAACUGCUGCGAUUUCUUUCCUCUGUGUGCUAUAUCGAUACCAGGUUAGUUCCUUCAUUUUUCUUUUUGUUGAUUUCACGAUAAAAGUUCUUUCACAUUGCUCUGUUACACUCUACGCAGUCUACUCGUUCUCUGCUAGAAAGACUAAAAUUGAAUCCCAACAUAAACAACCUAUUUAAGAAUCCAAGUUGAUUGUGUGAGAAUAUCUUAUAAAAGACAUCUAAACUUACCAAGGAGACUAUAGUAGAUGGAGUGGUUUCUGAUAUUUGUUUCUGUAGCUGUUGUAUGGUUGGCUUCUCUCUGCAAAAUUCUCCAUUCAUCAUUCUAUCCACACCAAUCUUCCUUCUUAAAUAAUAAUAAUAAUGCUGGAUCUAUUCAGAAGAAAAAUGUAUUGUUUGUCAUUGCACACCCUGAUGAUGAAUCCAUGUUUUUUUCACCAACAAUUAAUCACCUGACUUCAAGAGGGCAUAACAUUCACAUAUUGUGCAUGUCAACUGGUAAUGCAGAUGGUAUUGGAGAUGUUAGAAAAGAAGAGCUUUAUAAGGCUUCUGUAAUCCUUAAGGUUCCUCUUCAACAAGUGACAACAAUUGAUCAUCCAGAUUUUCAGGAUGGUUUUGGGAAAGUAUGGAAUAGUAGUAAACUAUCAAAGAUUUUGGAAAAGAAAAUUCUUGCUCAUGCAAUUGACAUGAUUAUUACCUUUGAUAAUUAUGGUGUUUCGGGUCAUUGUAAUCACCGUGAUGUACACCAAGGAGUGCAAAGGUUUACACUUGAUACUUCAGAACAAGACAUUGAAGCAUGGGAACUGGUGAGUAGUAACAUAGUACGAAAGUACAGUGGGCCCAUUGAUAUAUGGUUGUCUUUUUGGACUCUGAAAGGAGAAAUGCAUUGUUUGGUAAAUGAACAUCCACUUAGAAGCUAUGCUGCCAUGUCACAGCACCUCAGUCAAUGGGUAUGGUUUCGGAAACUUUUUGUUUCGUUUUCUAGUUAUACGUAUGUCAACACUUUGAGGAAGAUCAACAAAUGAGUAAAGGGUCAAGUUCUAUGGUGUACUUCAAAAGUUACAUUUGAUUUUUUAUUUUUUUUUAGGAAAUUAAUAAACUCUCUAUAGGUUCAUUCUCAUUCGAUUUGUACGAUGUAGUUAUGUAACAUGAUAGGAUAUAAUUCUUCACAUGUAUUUUUAAGAUUAUCUCUAUAGCUUCAAACCUAAUAUGAUCAUAGUUCAUUUUAAUGAUUUUUUUU